UGCUGCCGCAAACAGUUGAAGACGAACAACGUCAACGAGCAGAAGCGAGCAAAUUGCAAAAAAUCACUGGCGCCGGGUAAAAUUGUUGUGUCCGACCGCAUUAACAAUAAAUACAAUAAAUAAAUGAAAUAUUUCCAUAAAUUUGCGAGCAACGAAUAAGCACACAGCAAAGUAAAUAAAUAAAUAAACGAAUAAAAGAUAGCGAUGUAUAUGGUGAAAUAGUAGCGCAACAACAACAGCAAGAAAAACACAAAGUUUUCGCAUAAAUCAAUAAUAGAUGAGUGCGACGCAAAUUUGUAUGCCAAACGCGCAGCAAUAAAACAACAAAUCCAUAGCAAAAACAAUACAUACAAUGCCUGCGACGCUUUGUUAUUAGAAACCACUGGGUCCUCAAUAAAAGCAAAAACAACCAGCCAUAAAAUGUCUCCACUAAGAUUAGUCUACUGUUUGGUGCUUUUCGCCGGUGUUCGAGCGAGUACACCUGAGCGUCCAUUCGCCUGCAUGAGUUAUAUGGAGGACGAGAAGUUCAUAAAUGACGACGAUGACUUUGACGAAUAUUCAGCAAAUGGCGCGCAGGCGCAAUAUAGUGCAGAGAAUUUAAAUUCACUAGACAUGGACGACACACCAAUUGAACCGGCAGCGCCGCAUAGACGCGUCUGCCAGGCUGAUUAUACUUUCUGCUUCGCGCUGUGGCGGCAAUAUCCCAAUGGCACACGUAUAGAGAAACAAGGUUGUUGGAAGGAGAGCACUGAACGCAAUGCCACUUGCAGUCAGUCGGAGUGCACGAGCUCAGCGCCCACAUCACGCAACAAUUCCCUCUACUACUGCUGCUGCUCGGGUGAUUCUUGUAAUAGGAAUGUGGCCGUGGUGGAACCAGCGCCGCUGCAGCUUUCCAAACCCAUUUAUGGUGCUGACAAAAAUGUUGCCAUGCACUUCAGUGAUGCUGGCAUAGGCGUCAUUCUGACGGUGAUUGUUGUACUGAUUCUUUGCUUGUCGGUUAGCGGUUUUGCGGCUUACUGUUAUGUGCAUAAAAUAAAAGACAAAACCAUGCCCGAGGAAGCACCGCUGGCACCUUCCGGUCCUGGUUAUAGUUCGAACCUGCGUAAUGUGGAUAAUAUUAACUUGAUAUGCAUGCUCGGUAACGGUAAAUAUGGUACCGUUAUGAAAGGUUUACUCCAUGAUCAAGAGGUGGCUGUGAAGAUAUUCCCUGAAAGUCAUUAUCCAUAUUAUAUUAAUGAACGGAACAUUUACUCGCUGCCUAUGAUGGAUAGCCCCUCGCUGCUAACUUAUUUUGGUUAUGACGAGCGUCAUACAAUGGACGGUAAAAUCGAAUAUCAGUUGGUGCUGUCACUAGCACCACUCGGCUGUUUGCAGGAUUGGCUAAUAGCCAACACCAUGAAUUUCGAGUCCUUCUGUGGCAUGGCGAAGUCCGUCACUCGCGGUCUCUCACAUCUACAUACGGAGAUAAGUCGCGGUGACGAGUAUAAGCCAUGCGUCGCACAUCGGGACUUCAACUCGCGUAAUGUGCUCGUCAAAGCCGAUCGUACAUGCUGCAUAGCCGAUUUUGGCUUCGCGCUUAAAGUGUUCGGCUCCAAGUAUGAGUAUCGCGGCGAAGUGGCUGUCGCCGAAACGAAAAGCAUUAAUGAAGUCGGCACUUUGCGUUACAUGGCACCCGAACUUUUAGAGGGUGCUGUCAAUCUACGUGAUUGUGAGACAUCGCUCAAGCAGAUGGACGUGUAUGCGUUGGGGCUGGUGCUCUGGGAAGUAGCGACACGUUGUACAGACUUUUAUGCGCCGGCACAAAUGACGCCAGCUUAUAAGGCGCCCUACGAACAAGAGGUCGGCACACAUCCCACCUUCGAUCAGAUGCAGGCAUUGGUGGUGCGACAUAAAGCCAGACCACUCUUUCCACCCGGUUGGGGUGGUGGCGCCGCGGCUAAGCUAAUUAAAGACACAUGUGAGGAUUGUUGGGACCACGACGCCGAGGCACGUUUAACUUCACUAUGCGCAGAGGAGCGUAUGCAAGAAGCAGCUGGUUUGCGGCCACGCUACUCACACGCACAAUCGCCUAGUCCAUUAUUAAGCGCCAACAAUUUACUCGCCAGCGAUCAUGUAGACUCGUCAGCUGUACGUAUAUCGAUGGAGACGUGUCAUUCGGAGACGGCGACAAUGCUGCAGCCGCCACCAAAUCAAAAGUUAUUGCCGCGUGCUCACAGUAUGGGCAGCGAGUUGGGUGGCUUACCACCGCAGACAGAGAAAAAUCAUCUCAUACACACGCAACAACAACUGCAACCAUAUCAGGGACGUAAUCCAUGUCAGGAGCGUAACUUGGCGCCGGUCGCAACGCGUCCACCACAAAUACUGGUUGAGAAGAGUAAGAAGCACAGCUUCCAGACGGGUCAAGAGAAUAGCUUCUCAUGCCUCGAAGACGAUGUUUCAGUGGAGGAUUUGAUCUCUGGCGGUAGCACGAAGAAGAUUAGCAAUUUUAUGACUGACAAUACUUCCAGCAUGGGUGAAGGCUUCCCCAAACAGCAGAACACCGACCGCAAGCUGCGCGGCUGGCAUGGCGUGCGUGCGUUAAUACAAAAGAAACUCUUUCGUAAGAGUGAUGCCGGCGCCGACGUAUAUCAGCAACAAUUCGGUUAUGGCGAUGAAAAGUCCAACUUGGUGGACAACCGUUAUGUGGCGGUAAUCAAGGGGCUUGACAACAGCGGCACCGAGAGGCUGGCCAAAGCAGCCACCGUUAGUUACAUUGACGAUCGACAGCGCUGCAACAAUGGCGUCGCUACAACAAAAACCACAAUGCUCAGCGAUAUUUAUCCGCAUACAAGACGACCCAACAACCUCGACUUGAGCCCGCUCAACGGCGCUGCAGUUCCGGUAGCAGAAUGCAGCACGCCGCUCAACAGCGCCACCUACAACAAGUCCAACUUAAUACAGAGCAUAGCGGAGGAGUGUCACGAUAGCGUGCCCAAAGUACGCCUACAGCAAUUGGACACACGCACAAGUACGCCCUGUCAUGUGGUGCCGCGUUCCCUCUCCACGAGUCUGAUAAAAAAUAUGAAUCGUAAUAAUAAUAAUCUCACUAAAAGUGAACUAAACUCAGUGAAUGUGGCAAAGUGUCCGAAGGAGCCGACACCGCCAACGGCUGCCAGUUCGGCUGGUCAUCUCAGCGCGCCCAAUCACGCCGACAUACUGUUUCGGCGACAGCGCAGCCUUGAGAUGUUCCGCGAAGUGUUCAGUGGGCGUGGCAGCACGGAGCGACUGCGCGACCCUAGUCAACGUGUGAAAACACCGGGCGAUGUACCGCCUUCAGUGCGUAAAGUGCGCGCCUCCAAGACGCUCAGUCUCUACGACGAUCGCAUGAUGGACUCGUCCACGCUGAAUAUACUCUAGCAUGAGGAAGUUCUGCUGUUGGAAUUGUAAGCUGUGCGUAAUUCUGUGUUGAGCUUACAAUGGCGGCAGACAGAACAGUAGUGUUAUAAAUGAAAGUAGACGAGGUGCUUCGUUGAAAAUACUCGCGUGUUUAAUGGGGCUCAGAGCAGAGAGCGGUGGCGCACGCGCUGAGAUUGCAAUACAAGAUUUCAACUCUAUUUUACAUAGAUGUUUAUGUAACUAUAUGACCCAGCUGUAUUGUAUGUAUUUACAAGAAAAACUCUACACAUAUACAUAUGUAGAUUUGUAUGUGUUUGUAAGUGUAAGUGAAAUAACCAAAGUCCUUAUAGUGUAAUUUUUGAAUGUGUUUUUGUACGAGAUUUACGUAACGCAUUUGCGCGUUGUGUCUGUAAGCUAGUCUUAAGCGUGUAUACUAUACAUAGUUAACGUACAUAUACAAUAUAUAGGUAUAUGUGCUAAGUAGGUAUAAGUUGUGUGUGCAUUAUAAAGAAAAAAAAAAUCGUGGAAAGGAUCGCAGAUCAACAUUGUCAGCCAUUGUUUGUUGUUGCAGACAAAAAGUAGUAAGGAAAAAACUGUAUUUUGUAAAACACUUAUUGGUAGUAUCGUAAGUCAACCACUGUACAUCUCUAGGGAAUUUUCAUAGCUCUUAUGGUAGACACCUACUAUGCUAGGGUGGUUCUUAAAGGCAGGAAGAUACAAUUUAUUAGAAACAAACUUCGAAACAUAACAACUAAUACAAUAUUACUAUGAACGAAGCGGAGAAAAAAAUUUUGGUGCGCUUAUGGAAGCUGUUAGGGUGUGUUUCUGGUGAAAAAUCUUUUUUACUUUGUAGACGCCUAAGUCGUCUCUAAAGUAUUUACAAAUCUUACAAAAGACAUUUUGGUUGCAUUUUUGACGCUUUUUGGGCGUGAAUAAGGGAAAAUAUAGUUUGCCUUUUUUUAAGAUCCACCCUCAUUACACAUAAACACAGGCAUUAAUAACCAUUUACACAGAAAGCACAUAAUGACAUUUUGUAUAUUUAUUUUUAAUCAAAAAAUGAGUUUUCAACCUGGUCGUAACAGCGACGUUUGAAUAUUAAGGUGGUUCUAAAUUUUAAGCAGUUAAAACUUUCCAUAUUAUAUAAUAUUAUAGACAAAAAUAUUAUAAAAACAAUAACAGUAUAGAAGAUAUUUUUUUUUAUAUUAUAUAUUUUCAGUUGUUUCGAAUUUCAAAAUAUUUUAAUUAAAAUAUUUUACUGUGAAAUUAUCGAAUUUUUCUUAGGAUACUGAAAAAUAUAUUUCCACUAUUAUAUAGAACCACCCUAUAUGUAUAUAUAUACAUAUACGAAUUUCAAAAUUAUGAAACUAAAAUUUUCCACAAAGUUUAUAAACAAAAAUAUUAUAAAAACAGAAACAGCAUAGGAGAUAUUUUUUUAAAUAUUUUCGGUCGUUUUGAAUUUCAAAAUAUUUCAAUUAUAUAUUUUACUGCAAUAUUAUCGAUUCUUUGUUUUGGGUACUGAAAAAUACAUGUCCAUUAUUUUUUAGAACCACCCUAAUUUAUAUAUUCGAAUUUCAAAAUAAUUUAUUUAAUGCAGUUUGCUGUGAAAUUACGAAUUUUUGUUUUGGGUACUGAAACAUAUAUUUCUAUUAUUUUUUAGAACCACCCUAAUGUAUAUUCGAAUUUCAAAAUAAUUUAUCUAAUUUAGUUUGCUGUAAAAUUCACGAAUAUUUACUUUGGGUACUGAAAAAUAUAUUUAUAUUAUUUUUUAGGACCACCCUAAUAUGUAUAUACUUUUGUGUUAAUGAGCUAAAUCAACAGAAAUACAUUGUAUAUACCAUUUUCACUUAUUCUUAAUUAAAAACUUUAUUUUUACUUUAAUACUAAUUAUACGUAUAUUUAUGUAUGUACAUUAGGUUGGUUCUCAAACCUAAGAAUAUCAAACUUCAAAUAGAAUUUCGGAAGCUCUGCUGUAAAUGUAGUUUUUUCAGAGAAAGUUGUUGCAAAAAAUAUUAAAAUAAAAAAAUUUGGCAUCGGCGGGGAACGUUUAAGAUACAAAAAUGCAUACUUUAGUUAAUUUUUGUACUACUUAGCAGUUUGUCAUUAGUUUUGUAAAUUUUUAUACAAUAUUUUUUCUACAUUUUUACAAAUUUUUGAAAUUACAAGUAAAAAUUAGGGGUUUUAGAACCUCCCUAAUGUAUACAUUAUAUAUUCAUAUGUAGCUAUUUACAUAAAAAUCAAAUCUGUACAUUAUUACAAGCUUUUGAAAAUUAAACUGAAAAAAUAUUAUGAUUUUUUAAGAACCACCCUAAUGCAGCAGACAUACAUAGCGAUGCACAUAAAAGUCAAAUUUCUACAUUAUUACUUAUUUUUGAAAAUUCCACAGUUAAAAAAUUUGUAUUGUUCUUUUUUAAACCACCCUAAUGUAAGUACCAUAUAUACAAAACUAUUCAUAUGAAAGUCAACAAAAAGCAUAUAUUCUAUAUACAUCAUUAUCGUUUACAUUUCAACAAAAAACAAUACUUUCUUAUAAAUAUAUUUUUUGAUUUGUCAAUUAACAGCAUUUAUAGCUAUUAAAUAUUAAAAAAAAAGCACAUUCAUAUAUACAAAAACAUUCACGCAAUAUUAUAUAUUUAUACUUAGAUAUGUGCUAUACAUUUCUUUCUAAUUAAAAAUAAUAAUAAUUUACUACACACCCUAAUACUUGAACUGUUGAAGCGUUCAUGAAGUCGAAAGAAUUUUCCAAAUGCCUUGUAUUUAAUUAGAAAACAAAAUAGAAUUAGUGAUUUACGAUUUAGAAUAGAAAACAUGAUAAGUUUAUUCUUUACAAUAAUGAAAGCUAUAAAUAUUAUAGCCAUAUAAAGAUUAUAGCAAUGAUACUCUAACAAAAAACAAUGAUCUUAGUGUAUUCCAAAUUAUAUGUAUAUGUAACGUAUAUAUGUAUACUUGUAUGUACAUAUAGGCAUAUAUAGUAAGUAUGUAAAUGAAUUUGAUUUAGAAAACGUGAGAUGUAGUGUGAGAAAGCAACAAAAACAAAAAUAUUAUUUGUAUUAUCAGGCUCAGCUAACAUCACAUAUACAUAUAUACAUACCAUUAGCACAGUUGCAAACACACACAAACCUAGUUACAUAUAUACGAGUCUAAGUUGUGCAAAUAAGUAUAUACAAAUGUAUGUAUUUAAAUCAAUAAAUUCCAUAUAUUAAAGAAAAAUAUAUACAUAAAAUAAUAA